AGAAAUUCUAAAUAUAUGGAAUCAUUUGGUAUUUAAGUCCGGUUAAAAAGAGUGAAGGACCGCAGCCAUCACCGCCACACACAACAAGUCAUCCCCGAAGUUGACGCCACACCGGUGCAGGCUUCUCUCCAUCCCACAACCAAGAUGUUUCUGACCCGAAGCGAGUAUGACAGAGGAGUGAACACCUUCUCUCCAGAAGGACGUCUCUUCCAGGUGGAGUAUGCCAUUGAGGCCAUCAAGCUGGGUUCCACUGCCAUCGGUAUUCAGACAGGGGAAGGUGUGGUGCUGGCAGUGGAGAAGCGCAUCACCUCGCCACUCAUGAUACCCUCCACAAUUGAGAAGAUUGUGCAGAUCGACAAACACAUUGGAUGUGCAGUGUCUGGCCUGGUAGCAGACUCCCGCACCCUGGUGGACCACGCACGGGUGGAGUGUGCCAACCACUGGUUCGUGUACAAUGCAGAUAUGAAGGUGGAGAGUGUUGCUCAGGCUGUGUCUAACUUAGCUAUCCGGUUUGGUGACUCAGAUGAUGAUGGCCCUGCAAUGAGUCGUCCAUUUGGAGUGGCUAUGCUAUUUGCCGGGAUUGAUAACUGUGGGGCGCAGCUGUACCAUAUGGACCCAAGUGGCACUUUCCUGGAGUUUGGUGCAAAGGCUAUUGGAUCAGGCUCUGAAGGUGCCCAACAGUCCCUCCAGGAGUCAUACCACAAGUCCAUGAAGCUACAAGAAGCCCUGAAACUUGCCCUGACUGUACUCAAGCAAGUGAUGGAGGAAAAGGUGAGUGGAUCAAAUGUGGAGGUGGCUGUGGUGACACCUGACAAAGGCUUCCACAGGUAUCCACAAAGCCAGGUGGAGGAGAUUAUCUCAGGCCUGUAAAGUUCACUACGAAGUGGAUUCCAGUGUCUUGAAAGUGGGUAGAAAUGGAUGGAUUUUUCAUGGAUUCUUUCAUUAUUCUUGUUUUGUGGAGCUGUUAAAUAGGUUACUACUACUACUACUUCCUCUAUUAUCAUUGAUAUCAUUACUAUGUCAAGAAGUGUUACCACUUUCUAAUUUCUAUAAGUGUAUCAAAUAAAACCUCCAUUUUGUU